AUGGACGGGGAACUCAAGCUCAUCGGGACCGUCGAGCUCCGGCUUGCCCUUGCCACCACCGAUGCCCAGCUUGAGAAGGCGUUGGGACAAUUCCUCUGUCCGUUACUCCUCAAAUUGGCGUCGCCCUACCCCCAGUCCCGCGACGCCAUUAUCAAGAUUAUCGGCGACAUAUCUCCCAGAAUCAAAACGGCAACGUCGCUACGGCUUCCCUGGAAGGCAUUGCUUGACCAGAUCAAGCUGCCGCGCCUUCCACAAGGUCAGGACCCGCUGGCGGUGAGGAUCUAUACCGCGAUGUUCUUUGACAUCGCCAUCACCCGAUUGAGUGCCGAAGAACAAGUGGACGUGAUUCCUCAGGUGCUUUCGGGUAUCUCUAAUUACCAAAGAACGAUUCAAGCGAAGCUAUUCCUGAUAUUCUUGAAGAUAUUGCCCUCACAAUUCCCGGAAUCAUUCAAGCUAGAACUUGAUGAAACCGAUGCCAAUUGGCUUGAAACACACGUGGCUCAAGUGUUCAUGCUUACUCUAUCCAAUGGUGACGUGGCUCGAGCCAACCCAGGUCUUUCCGUGGCUGAUUACCGCUUCUAUAGUGUCGAUGCCGGUAAGGAAUGGACCCAGGCUCAACUCACACAAGCAAAGAGCCGAUUACUUGCAUUUAUUGACUUAUUACCGUCACCAAAUCAACCACUUCCAUUGCUUAUCGCCACCACUGACCCGCUGUCGCUGAUAAGUGAUCCGGCCACCACUAAAUGGAAGAAACUCCCUCUGCCCAUCAAAACUGCAUUUGGUGAAAAUACCAAUGCCAUCAAGUACCUUGUGGAAUUGUGUAUUGGUACGUCUGAGUUCCCUCCUUUGGAAAUACGAGCAGUGACGGCAAUUGUGGCUGACGUACUCCAAUCACCUCAUGCUCAAACCACACCAGGGUUUGACCAAUUAGUGGAACGAGCCAUCCAACUGAACCACCGACCGUUGAAGCUGCUAGUGCUUCAAUACCUUGUCCGUAACUCAGUUUCGGCACCUUUAGCCCUGCUGAUGCUUACCAAUGUCAAGGAAGAGAUCGUCCAGGCUGAAGCUAAACACACUGCUGCCGCACAAUUAUCGAUGCUUUACGAAGCCUAUGGCCACUUAUUGACGGCUAACGAUGGCAAUGCCGUUGACUUCAGUGCCAUCGAGUUUCUCUUCCGCCAGUUGGAUACCAGUGCCAUUGAGCUCAGACAGACUGUAAGUGAAGUUCUUGGGAGACUUACACGCUAUUUGGGUCAAUUUAAGCUGGAUCCACAACUCAGAAACUUACUCAAACGAGCCAUCUUAACUCCCCAGGACCUGGCAGUGAGAUUCAUGGCGGUGAAAUACCUCAACUUAGCGUUCCCCUUUGACGAUGCUGAGGCUCGUGUGUUAUGUGUGGUGGCAGCACUGACCAGUACUCGUCUGGACACGUUGGAAGAAGCGCAACGAGGCCUUCAUCCUCACUGGUUCGCUCUACAACUGUCAGCUAAUACUACGGAGUUUGUCCCCACGGCUCAAUUACUCGGAUCAGGUGUUUCAGUGGAGUUCCCCAGCCUUGAAAAUUACAUGGCAGUGAUCACUACCUCUGAUUCUCCCGUGGAUGACAAGCUGGCAUACCUGGCGUUGGAGUUUGCCGUGAAAAUCGUGGUGAUGACUGCGGUCAGGGGCAAGAAGACGGUGGUGGUUGUUGACGACGACUGGGAGACUCGGGUGACGCGAGCAUUGGCCACCGACUCAACGGUCAGACGGCUAGUGAGUGAAUUCUUAGCCACUGAAUCCAAUUCCUUAAGUCUCUGGUUUGAUUGUGUGGUGAAAGUUAUUGCCCACCAGCCCGACAAAUUUGCCGAAAUGAUGUAUACCAUGGUGUCAAUGAGCCCUGCUACAUCAAUAACUGGUUUGGUACCUCAAUUACCUCAGUUAAUGACACUGGUGGGUGAUCGUGGAGGAGUGUCGGGAGCCCUGGUGAUUGCGAUUGUGGCUCUGGAUGCCUCUGCUCCUACUGAACAAAUAUGGAAUCAACUUGACCAACGUCCAUUGGUUCAGGCGGCGAUCUUAGGCCGUCUUUACCUUCGCCAACUGCCGCUUCGGCUGACAAUCCCGAUAGUCAAUUUGGAGACUUCUCUCAAACAAAUGUGGCUGGGUCCGUCAGGUUUAAGCCAAGCCUUAGAAGCAUUGAGUCAGUUAGCUCGUUUUGGGGCCAUUGAGAGAUUUUCCGCAGAGUUUAUUGAUGAAGCGUUUGAGAUGAUUAAAUCCAAAGUGAAGAAACAUAAUGAAAAUGCCGUCACUUCUUUAGGGGAUUGGAGCAUCGCUUUCCCCAAUACCGAUACGCUGAUUGAGGAAGUGAUUUACGAUAGUCUGGCGGCGAAACAAGUGGAGUUUGUGUUUGCCUCUGGUGAAGCGUUAGCCGCUUCUGUCGCCGGUUGGCAAGCGGUAAACAUCGAGCGGAAAUUGGAUAUCAUGGGCACUGACCCCACCACUUAUCUAACUGCUCAACCUCAGGAGAAGGUGGAAACUGCGGUGACCAAGGUAUUAGAGUUCUCUCGCCAUACACGGCCUCUGCUUCGUCGUGCCGCGUGUAUCUGGUUACUUUCGUUAGUGGAGUUUUGUGGUCACUUAGACCCCAUAAAACAACGGGCUAGUGACCUACAAGUGGCGUUCAUGAGGUUCAUUGCUGACCGUGACGAUUUGGUUCAGGAAGCCGCACUGAGAGGAUUAGCCCGGGUGUUUGAGCUUGGAUCAGCUGAUAUGAAAGAUACUUUGGUUAAGCAAUUGCUCAAGUCUUUCACUGAUGCUAACCAGCUGAGAAAAUUGACUCUGGGUAGUGUUGAUGAAGAUACUGAGUUAUUCGACACUCCUGACCUCCAGACGGGAGACGGUGGUGCCGUCCACAGCUACCGUGACGUUCUUAGCUUGGCCCUGGAUGUCGGUGACCCCAGUUUAGUGUAUAAGUUCAUGGCACUUGCUCAACAGAGAGCAUUGUGGCUGCUGAGACGAGGCAUGGCUUUCGGGCUUGGGGCAAUUCUUUCUAAAGUACUGCUUGACGAUAUGUUAGCCCUGAACCCACUGAUGGCGUUGAAAUUGGUACCUAAACUUUAUUGUUACCGGUUUGAUCCAUACACGUCAGUGGCGUCAGUAAUGACCCAGAUUUGGAAGAUGGUGGUGGGCGACGAUACCGCAAUUAUCGCUCAAUACUUCGAUGCUAUCGUUGCAGAAGCAUUGAAGGGGAUGAGUGACAAAGAGUGGCGGACGAGAGAAGCGGCCACCGCAGCGUUGGCCCUGGUUUUGGGUAGUGUUUCUCCUCAAAGAUAUUUUGAGAAACUCCCUGAUAUUUGGACGAUGGCGUUCCGGGCCAUCGACGAUAUUAAGGAAAGUGUCAGAAAACAAGGUGACCAAUUAGCUAAACAGUUAGCGGGAAUGGUGGUCCGUUUAGUCGAGGCUCAGCUGCCGGGAGCCGAGUCGGCUUUGGAUACAGUGAUCCCCUUCCUUUUAGGGGGUAGAGGUCUUGGUUCCGAUGCCGAAGAAGUACGUCAAUUUGCUCUUGACACCUUAUUGAAGCUCUGUGGUCGCGACAGUGCUGUUAUCCGCAAAUACGUCCCUCAAUUGAUUGACGAAUUGGUACAAUUGAUGCUGACUUUGGAACCGCAAGUGGUGAACUACGUCUACUUAAAUGCCGACAAGUACGGCCUUGAUAAGCUGGCUUUGGACCAGCAACGGCUUUCUGGUGUUGGUCGACUGCCGUUGAUGGACGCCGUCGAUAAAUUGGUUACUCUCGUCGACGAUGACGUCGCUACCACUUUAAUCCCCAAAUUGAUAGCGCUGGCAAAGCUGACGGUAGGGUUACCGCUGAAAGUGGGGUGUGCCAAAACGAUGGUGUUAUUAGCUACGCGGCGCAGGGCUGUGGUGGCUCCCUACGCUGAGAAAGGACUUACGGUGUGCGCUCGUCAAGCCCGUGAUGGUAACUUAGUGGUGGCGCUGGCGUUCGCUGGGGCUGCUGGCCACUGGGCUCGGCUAGCUCCAGUGACGCUGGUGGCCCGCUACGUCGACGACGUGGCUGAACGUUACUAUAGUGCCGACGACGAUGACCAGAGAAUGCAUAGUGCCAUCGCCAUCGACGCUUUAGCGAAAUACGGUGGCGGCGACCGCAUUGACGCCGUCAGUAGUAGCGUGCUCCCCUUGCUGUUUGUGGCGAAAUUCGACUCUGGAAGUGCUGGCGCCAUCUUUGAACGAGUUUGGGACGAACACACCAGCAGCGCUCUGCGAGGAGUACGCCUUUACUACGACGAAAUCAUUGGUGCUAUCGGCACCCACGCCCGCCUGGCCAGCUACCAUACCCGGCGGACGAUGGCGCGGGCGGCACUGGCAGUGGCGGAGGCAGUUAACGAUACUGCCGGUCUUACUGCCACCCAAAUCAAACCUUUGAUAACCAUGCUUAUCGACGCCAACCAGGGGAAACUGUGGGAGGGGAAACACUUGUUUUUCGAUGCUCUCGUCACCGUGGCGUGUACUUUCGGGGAACUGCUUGACGAUGCCACCAUCAGUGCCGUGGCUAAAGUGGUGGGGGUAGAAGCGAAACGCCGCAAUAAGCUGUACCAAAAGCACGCUCUCAUCACUAUGGGUAAGUUUGUCGGCCAGUUCAACCGGUUAGUGGACGAAUAUAUUGGACUUAUGACCACGGCGCUUUCCGAUAAGUAUUUGCGCGACGACGACGAUGGUGACAGCGACGAUAGCGAUGCUGACGGCAACAAUACCAUGGACGUGGAUGCGCGUGAAAACAUCAAGUUUGAAGAAGAAAGGCUCGAGUUUUAUAAGAAUUUGGCGGUGGCUUACCUGGGGAAACUGGCACCGUUGUUUCAGUUUACCUUGAAAGCGACGGAAAACUUGUUUCACCUGAAAGUGCUUGAACCAACGUGGCGUCUGAAACUUGCUGCCUGUGAAGUGGUGACGUCAGUGGUGGAGAAAGCUCCCGCGACUGAGGUUGAUCAGACAUUCCUGACGUGGAAGUUUUUGGAACUGAUCUGUGCCGGGUCUAAUAACAUUGAGAAUAUCCGCAUUCACUACGUCCGCGUGAGUGGAGCCAUCGCUCGUCGGAUCGCAGCUGAUUCUGCUCAUAAGAUAAGAGAUUCAUUGGAACGCCUCCACGUGCUUGACCCGUCGCCAGUGGUGAAAACCGAAGUGAAAAAAGUGUUGGAACAAAAGUGA